AUGUAUUUGAAAAUUAUGCAAACAGAUUUAAUUUUUAGAAUUAUUGAUGUAAAGAAUUUAAAAAUAUUUCCGUGGACAUUUCGUGGAAUUCGAAAAGCACCGGAAAAGUUAUUUGUACAAGCAACGACUAUUGGCUAUUUACCAUCAAAUGCAUUCUCAGAAUUAACCAAUGUUAAGCAUAUUUGGUUUCGGAAUACUACUAUCGAGAUAUUAGCUACCGAAGCAUUUAGUGGUCUUACAAAUAUUGAUUACAUAUAUUUUCGAGAUUGUCUUAUACGAUAUGUUGAACAUGGCGCUUUUGGUUCAAUGCAUCAAAUUCAACAUUUUUUUGCGCGUGGAAAUAUUACCAUAGAAUUAUCUGGAAGUGCUAUAUUCCGGAAUUCAACAAUAAAUGAUGUAAUCUUUGAAGAUGCACACCUGAUCGCUCCACCUGAUUGCUUUGUAGGCAUAAAAGCUGCAAGCAUUCAGUUAAUUAAUUCCAUCUGGAAUUUAAAUAAAAAAAUUAUUGGAUUUCGAAAUUUUCAUCAAAAAAUUGGCCGUUUCGCAAUCAGGAAUUCUAUCAUCGAGCUAAUAGCUAUGAAAGCAUUUCAUAAUGCGAAAAUUUUGAGUAUUUCAAAUAGUACGCUAAAAAAGAUAGCAGCAAUUAAAUUUAUGGACAAAAACGCCCCAACAGAAGCGCAAUGGGAAAUUGAAACAGAAAAUACUAUGGAAGCAAUAACUCAAAAAUUGGAACUUGUAGAAACAAUUAUCAAUAGAAUUACCGCUAAAGCUUUCUUAAAUUUGGAGAAAUUUAAAAUUAUGAAAAUUUCACGAUGUCGAAUAGAUGUGAUUCAGAAGGAUGCUUUCCGAGGAUUUCAAUCAAAUGUGAUUCGUAUCGAUCGAACACAAAUUGAUAAAUUAUCUGUGGCUUCUUUUGCUGCAUUAUCAGUGAAUUUGUUUUCAUGGCAAAAAUGCAAUAUUAACCUUAUAGAUAGAAUGGUUUUUCAAGGGGCCAAAGUUCAAACGCUUCGUUUUUCUCGCUGUAAUAUAACAAAUAUUAUGAAGCAAAGUUUUGCCAAAUUAGAAGCCAAUAACUUGAUUUUAGUGAAAACAAAAAUUUAUCGAUGUGAAGAACAAUCAUUCUCAAAUGCCAAGAUCAAGAAAUUAACCAUAACCGAAACAGAAAUACUCUCCGGUACAGUGGAUAGUAUAUUCCGGAAUUUUCGACCAAUCUAUUUUCAUGCUCAAAAUAAUUUAUUCGAUUGUAAUGUGAUGCAAUGUGAUACAAACAGUUUGCUUCUUGACAAACAUGUAUCAUUAAAUUUACCCUGGUAUUUUCAUGCUAAUCAGUGUUCAAAACAGGAAAUAUGUCAUGAACCACCGGAAUGGAUCUCUAAUGGAAUCUUUUGUAAAUUGUAUCAUUUUCUUGCCAAAUGUUUUUGUAUAAAUUCAAAAUUUACUCAUAUUCCGGAUAUUAAUUCGACAAUUUUAAUUAUUGGUGAUUGUGAUAGUUUAGAUAUUAAUUUGGCUAACAAUGAUCAAAUCUUAUCACUUCAUAUUUUCCGAAUUGAUGCUUUAAGAAUUACAAAAAUGCCUAAAAAUUUGAAAAUUUUUGAAAUUUUUCAUACAAAAAUUGUAAGCAUUGAAAGAAAAGCUUUUUAUGGGCUUAAAAUGGAAAAAAUUGAAUUAAUUUCAACCCAAAUUGAAUUAUUAGUAAGUGAAAGUUUUGCUAAUUUUCAACUUUCUACCUUUAUUCUUGAACAUUGUAAUAUCAAUGAUAUGGAAUUACAUGCAUUCAAUAAUAGCUCUGUGAAUAUGUUACAUGCCGAAAAAUCAAAUUUUCUAAAUGUAUUUGAUUUUUGGAAACAUUUAAAUAAUACGAUACUUAUAGAAGUAUUUGUAAAUUUCCCUCAAUAUCUUCUUGAUGGUUCAAAAAAUUUAUGCUUAAAAGAUGUUAUCAUUGGUUGUGAAUGUUUGUCACAGCAAUUAGGUAAACGAAAUAAUUGUGGUAAAAUAGCACCUAUUUGUAGUUCAAAAAAUUAUACAAUAAAUUGCUCAAUGAAGGAUAGAAUUACUAGUAAAUCAAUUUUAAAUAAAACAACAAUACUUUUCAUAUUGUUGUUUUAUUAUUUGUUAAAUUUAUAUUUUAAUUUAAAUCUAUGUCAAAUAUAA